CCCAACUCAGACACUGAUCACCCACCUCCCGGCGACGACGACGCCAAGGAAGAACACGACGAGACCGAAGCUUUUAAAAAAAGAUCCUAAAAGCCCUAACCCUAGAAUGACCGCCACGAAAUCUUGGAGAACCCUGGCCGCAGCCCCGUUCUCCGGCGGUCGCAGUGCGCGCAAACCCUCGCUCCAGCGUGCGUCCUAGCGCUCAUCGCAUUCCAUGCCGGGAGAAUCUCAUGGCGGCCGAGCGAUGGAUCUUCCCCCUGUGCGCUGCGGCCUUCGUCUCCCUCCUCGUUUUCUUCUACGCCGCCAUCGGUCUCAGCGCCUCCUCCGUCCUCUUCUCCCGGCCCCCCGCCCUCACCUACGUCCGCUGCGGCGCCGGACACCCGCCGUCCUUCGCCUACUACAUCUCCGGCGGCCGCGGCGACCGCGACCGGGUCAUCCGUUUGCUGCUCGCCGUCUACCACCCCAGGAACCGGUACUUGCUCCAUCUCUCUACUGAUGCCUCCGGAUCGGAGCGGACUGAGCUCGCUGUGAAGGCCCGGCUGGCGAUCCCGGCGAUUCGGGCGUUCGGGAAUGUGGAUGUGAUCGGGAAGCCCGACGCGACGACGUACAUGGGGUCGUCGGAGCUCGCGGCGACCCUCCAUGCCGCCUCGGUGCUGCUGAAGUUGGAUGGGGGCUGGGAUUGGUUCGUGACACUCAGCGCCGUGGAUUAUCCUUUGAUGACACAGGACGACUUAAUCCAUGUCUUCUCUUCUGCUCCAAGGGAUCUAAACUUCAUAGAGCACACCAGUGAUCUUGGAUGGAAAGAGUAUCACAGGGUCCAGCCCAUUGUGGUAGAUUCAGGAAUCUACUUGGCAAGGAGGACCACAAUUUUUUCUGCUUCAGAGGGGCGGCCAACACCAGAUGCUUUCACAUUCUUUACAGGUUCCCCAUGGGUCAUUCUUAGCCGACCCUUUAUGGAGUAUUGUGUUUUGGGUUGGGAAAAUCUGCCUCGAACCCUGCUUAUGUAUUUCACGAAUGUAGUAUUAUCCCAAGAAGGCUAUUUUCAUUCAGUUGCAUGCAACUCCCCUCAGUUCAAAAACACAACGGUGAACAAUGACAUGAGGUUUAUGCGGUGGGACUCUCCUCCAGGAAUGCAGCCUCACUUUCUCAACAUGACUGCUUUUGAGGAGAUCUCAGUGAGUGAAUUGCCUUUUGCCAGGCAGUUCCAUAAGGAUGACCCUGUUCUUGAUAAGAUUGAUGAGAAGAUACUCGGCCGUUUGCACCAUCAAGCUGUCCCUGGGGCCUGGUGCUCUGCCAAGGGGAGUUCGUGGAUGGACCCAUGCUCUAAAUGGAGUAAUGUCAACAUUGUGAAACCUGGGCCACGGGCAAAGAAGUUUGCGGAGUUGAUGAAGAAGCUUGUGGACGAGUGGAAGUCACAGUUGAACUCAUGCAAGUAAGGAUUCUGAAAUCCUAGAUGCAUGGGGAGAUUGAAUAGAGCAUCAUGAUGGCAUCAUUGGCAGCAUAUCUCUUCAGCUAGUGCAACCUUCAGCACUUAUUUUUCCAUCCAUUAUUUUGUUGGGUUUCUUGUAACUUCUGUAACAGUGCAUACAGGGGUGAAGGGGAUAUGUAAUUCUUUCUAGAUUCUGAGGCAGGUGUAGCUUCAGAGUUCUCCAUGUAGAUUACUUGACCUGCUGUUGGCUGUCAUCUUAUAGAAGCCAUCAAGCCCUUGGAGCGAAUAGUGCGUAGCCUCUUCUUUUGUGGUGAGUGCGUCUCUUCUGAGCAUUUUGUUAAGACAUUGGUCCGAUCUGUUUGAAAUUUUUCAUUGUAAUAGUUUCAGAACAAAAUGUCGUCCGGGGCAAGAUGGAUUCUGAUGUUCUUCAGAUGGUUAAAGUGAAAUUAUAGUUUGUGCAGGUUCCUCCA